AUGGACCAUUCGGGGUCUAAAAGUACUUUUUUACAGAAGAGUAUCAAACAGAGGAAAUUGGGACUCCUGAAACAACAACAGCAGUCUUCACAACAGCCAUCUGCUCAAUUAAGUUCCAAUCCAAGAAAGAAAACUGAGUUCAAUGAUGACAUUGAGUACCUCCAACAGCUAACACAAGAGUUACUAUUUGGAACAAUAGAAACAUCCGAAACUAAACGUUUUACGGAAAGAAAUCUACCGCCAUUGACGUCAUCUAAUGAUUUGGACGUACGACUGUAUGCGUUAUUUGCAUUACUUCUACACAACUUUGUAUACGAAUGGUACACUAAAUCCCUUAAACUCGGAUCGAGGGACGAAUUCACAAAGGAGCUGGUAUUCCUCUUUGCCCACAUAUCAAGAAAUCUUCAAGAACGAAUAAAUUCUGCGGAUGAUGAGUUUAUAAGACUGAUAGUUACAGACAUACCUUAUCUGCUGGAGAAACAUUUUGAGAGCAUACAAGAAGUUGAAUGUAUGCUAGCAAGAGAUGGAUACGAAGAUACAAAUGAAUUUUCUACGAAUGAAAUUUUUGUAAAUGAAUGGAUGAUGAGGUUCAGUGAUGGCUUAGUAGAUGAUGAAAAUAUUGCAACGUACCGACGACUAUUGGUAAAAUCAGUGGUCUGCUUGAUUCUACCACAUGAAAAUAUCGAGUCAAGCAUUUCAAGAGAAUUCGUUACUUCUCUCUUAGAUGGUAUUGUAUUGAAGAACGUCGUUGAAAGCUUCUGUGAUUCUUUUGUUAUUUGGGACAUCAUUGGAAAAAUAUGCGUCAAGAUGUCCUCACAACCAAAGAAAGAAAUUGAAAUUUCGGCUACAAGACGAAAAUCUUCCAUACACCGUAUCCUUGAAUUCUUUGUAAUAGAUGAAAAAUUUGAGGUAAGGACCGAAAACAUGCUGGAAUUUGCUGACUUUAUUCCUUUGUUUAGCUUCGUCAACUUUUUAACGCUAUUCGAUUUCAGAUUUCCCAUUUUAUUCACCUUUUUACAAGUUGUCCUUCAAUUGAUGAUGAAAGUGGGCUACUUUAAACGCUUUAUUAGCAGCUCCAUCAAACGAGUUGUAUGCGAAAAAGCUCUCAAAUUCAAAAAUGCAGAGAAGCUGAUUGACCUUUUACGUCAUAUGAUGUUUCCCGAAGACGAUCGGUGUCAAAUGAAGCCUCGAUAUAUUCCACAAAAUGAGAAUGAGUUGAAGGCCAUCUAUGAUUUUAAUUUUGCUGAAGUAGUCAAGUUUUUAUCAAGUGAUUCAAAUUUGUCGAGAAUAUUUAUAUCAAAAUAUGAGGCGCAAAAUCCUACUGCGGUGAAAGCUAAAGCUAAAGAUACCAUGCAAAUGUUCAAACACAGACAAAUUAAUCAAAUACUGAUCCAAAAACUGAUUGAUUUAACAAUCGCAAGAAUUUUUCCCGAAUUACAGGUUCGAGAUACUGUCAGUAUGUUCAGGAUACACCAAUAG